ACGCAUCCAGGACAUCGACUCAUAACUCGCUACUCUCCUACACGUUUACUAGUUGACGCCAAUUUUUGCUUCUCGACGGAUCAGCUUGGCACACAAUUCAAGCGUAGACUUUGUUUUUGUACAUUCAGACAUCUGAAUUUACUUAUUUAACGAAAACCUCCCGUUAGAGAGGAUUAGUGUUGAGUCGAAGUGGAUUUUCACGGCUAGCCUUCAGCUACGAAAAAAACAACAAACCCGGAGCGCGAUUUUUUGUUUUUCUGACAGGCAAAACUCCGCGUAGAAACCACCAAACAACCUUUUUUACUUUCAUGGACGACGAAAAAACACUUAUAAUGCUUUAUAGUUAAAACAAUUUUUAUUUGAUCGAAAACAGUCUCUUUUUUUUGAGGACAUUGUCAUUUCCUCGCUAAGCUAGCAACUCCAGACAAAGAAAGAAAAGCAGCUUUCAUCGCCUCAUCACAUCUUGUCAACUUUUCGCCCUUUUUGAGGAACAAAACCCACUUUUUGAGUCUAGUUGGGUAGAAAUAAAGCAGAAAUGGCCCAGCAGAGCAGUGCUCAGGUCGCCAGCUCACAGAAAGCUUUAAUGCUGGAGAUGAAGUCUCUACAGGAGGAACCAGUGGAGGGUUUCAAGAUCACUUUAGUGGAUGAAGCUGAUCUCUACAACUGGGAAGUGGCGAUUUUUGGACCCCCAAACACUCACUAUGAAGGGGGCUAUUUCAAGGCUCGCAUCAAGUUCCCGAUCGAUUACCCCUAUUCCCCACCCACGUUCAGAUUCCUCACCAAGAUGUGGCACCCCAACAUCUAUGAGAACGGGGACGUGUGCAUCUCCAUUCUGCAUCCUCCAGUAGAUGAUCCACAGAGCGGAGAGCUUCCCUCAGAGAGGUGGAACCCCACACAGAACGUCAGAACUAUACUGCUGAGCGUCAUCUCUCUACUGAACGAACCCAACACGUUUUCUCCAGCCAACGUGGACGCCUCCGUCAUGUACCGCAAAUGGAGAGACAGUAAAGGAAAAGACCGGGAAUAUGCAGAAAUCAUUAGAAAACAGGUCCUGGCCACUAAAGCCGAGGCAGAACGGGACGGAGUCAAAGUUCCCACCACCCUGGCGGAAUACUGCGUUCGCACACGCGCCCCUGCGCUGGACGAGGGGUCCGACCUGUUAUACGACGAUUACUAUGACGAUGAGGACUUGGAGGAUGAGGAUGGCGAGGACUGUUGCUAUGACGAGGACGACUCAGGAAACGAGGAAUCAUGACAACAUUCCCAUUGUCACCUUCAUCCUCGUCUUCAUCAGCAUCACCCCGAAAGUGGAAACGUUAAGGCAUGCGCCCUGCAUUUACACUCACUCAGAUGGCCAUUUUUGUUUCCUUAAAGGACUAAAAUGAGUUUUUUUUUUUUUUUUUUAUUAAGCAUUAUGUUGUUUUCCCUCCGUGUCAUAAUUGUGCUGGCCUUCAGGCUUCUCUCCAAUCUACUAUGUUAUUAUUUCUUUGCUUUGCGCUUUCAGAUAGCUUUGUGAAAGUUACUUAAAAAAGGACAAAAAAAAACCCAAUUGAGCUUGACUGAAUUAAGGAGUGAUUCUUUGAAUGAGGCUUCGUGUUGAAUAAUGCUGAUUAUGUCACUGAUCUUUUGAGUUUUCUUAGAUAUGAUCACUUAGACGCUCACUUUUUUUCAGCCUUUAAGCACAUCUGAGCAGCCCAGCAAUAAAACGUUGCAAGGUGCAAGGUGUGAGCUUUCGGUUUUCAUUUCUCCAUCAUUUGAGUAGUAAUUACAUUAAAGGAACAGUUUACCCAAAAGAUGACAAUUCUGCCUUGAUUUACUCACUCUUAUGUUGUUUCCAAAUGUGUAUAACUGACGUUCUUCUGUGAAACAUAAGAUGUUUUAAGAAAUGGAAGUAAAUUCUUCAAGAUGCAGAUUUGGAACAAAUUAGGGGGAGUAAAUGACAUUUUUGGAAGAACUAUUAAGAAGCCCUAAGCAAAAAGACGGAAGGAUGAUAUUAAAAUCAUUUUACAAUGCAAAAAUAUAAACAUUGCAAAAAUAUGCUGAGGCCUAAAUUCUACAAUGUGCUUAAAAUCUGCAUUAUUUAACUUAUAGUGUCACUUUAAAUUAUUGAAAUUAUGUAUUUCUUGUUCCACAAUAUAGGAGCUUAUCAGAAAAUCAAAAUAGUCAGACGUAAUCGGGUAGUUUGGCGAGUUGGUGUCGUCUUUUCUGUUGAGCUGAGUUUAUUUUAAUAUUUUUUUAAGCAAUGCUGAUAUUCCUGUGUUGUCCUCCUAAGUGAAUCUUAUUUAAUCUGUUGUUUUUUUUUUUUUUUUUUUUUGCAUCACUGAAGCAUUUGUUGUUUUGUUUGGGAUAUAAGGUGACUUCUGGACUGUUAAAUGUUUUUUUUUUUUUUUUUUUUUUUUUUUUUUUUUUUUUUUUGGUGCCGUUUCUUUUGCAUUACCGCUCCAUAAAUUGACGGCACAUCCUACGUUGUGAUAUCAUGAUCUGGACUUUCCUUUUACGCUGCCUGGAGGCUAGUGAGUGCUGGUGUCCGUCUCAUACCGACUGACUCUCAGGAUCAACCAAUCUGGAAAAAGAAUAAAGCUACCAACAACAAAAAGUACUUUUUUUCACACCUGCAAGUCAUCCAUGUUUUCCAUAUUGUUUUGAGGACAAUUUACAACCGUAUCCCAAGAGGCUGAGAUGCACACAAGGAGCUGAUUUGUCAUUUUAUUGACCUGUAUGUAUUUUUACGGUUUGUUGGCCUAUUUAAAACUGAAUAAAGAUCUUUAUUAGAAUA